UCGCUAUCGCGUCUACAUUCGUGUUUUGUCUCUAUAUUCUUACUCUUCGCUUCACACGUCUUAAUGAUGAACGCUCUUGUUUGUCGUCCUGACCAGAUCCAAGCUCUAAUGCAAUUCAAGAACGAGUUUGAGUCCAACGGUUGCAACCGCAGUGACUAUCUCAACGGAGUCAGGUGCGAUAACGCCACUGGUGCAGUCACAAAGCUACAACUCCCAAGUGGUUGCUUUACUGGAAUCCUCAAGCCAAAUAGUAGCCUCUUUGGAUUUAACCAUCUUCGUUACCUCAAUCUCUCUCACAACAACUUCACUUCUUCUUCACUCCCUUCUGAGUUCAGCAAUCUCAACAGACUAGAGGUUUUGUCUCUUUCCUUUAAUGGCUUCAUUGGUCAAGUUCCUUCCUCUAUUAGUAACCUAAUCCAUCUUACCCAUUUAAACAUUUCCCAUAACGAGUUCACUGGAAGUUUCCCACUUGUGAGGAAUCUAACAAAGCUCUCGUUUCUAGACCUUUCUUUUAAUAAAUUCUCAGGAGCCAUACCUUCUGAUAUACUAUUCACUAUGCCCUUCUUGACUCAUCUUGAUUUGAAAAAGAACAGUCUCACUGGUACAAUAAAAGUUCCAAACUCUCCUCCUUCAUCUAGGCUAGUGUUUUUAUCCCUUGGCCAAAACAAAUUCAAAGGGCAAAUCCUUAAGCCUAUCUCAAAGCUCAUCAACCUCAACCAUCUUGACGUUUCUUCCCUAAACACAACCUACCCAAUUGACUUACACAUCUUCUCUCCACUAAAAUCUUUGUUGGUGCUUUAUGUCUCUAGAAAUAGUUUAUUAUCAUCCAGUCUAAAUUCUUCGGAUAUCUCAUUGCACUUAGAAAGCUUGGUCAUGCGAGGAUGUGGCAUUUCCGAGUUCCCAACCAUCAUAAAGACCCUUCAAAACUUGCAGUAUAUAGACCUUUCCAGCAACAAAAUCAAAGGGAAAGUCCCUGAGUGGCUAUGGAAGCUUCCUCGUCUUACCAUAUUGAAUCUUGUUAACAACCUUUUCACCGGUUUGGAAGGUUCUUCAGAGGUUUUCGUUAAUUCAUCAGUGCAGUUACUGGAUAUUGCAUACAACUCCAUGACAGGAGAAUUCCCUAUUCCACCAACAAAUAUCAUCUACUUGUCAGCAUGGAACAACAGUUUCACAGGGAACAUACCUCUCCAGAUUUGCAACAGAAGCUCUCUCGUUGUUUUCGAUCUAUCCUACAACAAAUUCACCGGUCCAAUACCUCAAUGUUUGAGUAAAUUACGGAUAGUGAAUCUCAGGAAGAACAACUUGGAAGGAAGUAUACCUGACGAGUUCUAUAGCGGCGCUUUGACACAAACCCUUGACGUUGGCUUCAAUAGACUAACCGGGAAGCUCCCAAGAUCGCUUAGAAACUGCUCAUUUUUGAGGUUUCUAAGUGUUGACAACAACAGAAUCGAAGACACGUUUCCUUUCUGGCUCAAGGCUCUACCAAACUUGCAAGUCUUCACUCUCCGCUCAAACAGAUUCUUCGGCCAGCUCUCUCCUCCUGAUCAAGCCCCUCUCGCGUUCCCCGAGCUGCGUAUACUUGAACUAUCGGAUAAUAGAUUUACAGGGAGCUUGUCACCAAGUUACUUUGUUAACUGGAAAUCAUCAUUGUUCAAGACAGAUGAAGAUGGGCGUAUUUACAUGGGAGACUACAAGCAUGCUUACUUUGGAUAUGAAGAUACUAUGGAUUUGCAAUAUAAAGGUCUAUUCAUGGAGCAAGGGAAGGUCCUUACCUCCUACAGCACUAUUGAUUUCUCCGGAAACAAACUUGAAGGACAGAUUCCUGAGUCCAUUGGUCUCUUGAAGGCAUUGAUUGCGCUCAACUUAUCGAACAACGCCUUCACAGGCCAUAUUCCUCUAUCUUUGGCAAAUGUUACUGAGCUCGAGUCGCUAGACCUGUCAAGAAACCAACUCUCUGGGACUAUUCCUAGGGAACUUGGGAGGCUCUCGUUUUUGUCGUAUGUGAGUGUGGCUCAUAACCAGCUGAAAGGUGAAGUACCACAAGGGCCACAGUUUAGUGGGCAGGCUGAAUCAUCAUUUGAAGGGAACGAAGGUUUAUGUGGUCUUCCUCUCCCAAAAAGUUGCUUUGCGCCACCAACAGAACAACCUAAGGAAAAAGACGAAGAAGAAGAAGAGGAAGGAGUGCUAAACUGUAAAGCAGUGGUUAUAGGGUAUGGUCCUGGAUUGUUGUUUGGAUUAGUAAUGUCUCAUGUUAUUGCCACAUACAAGCUAAAGUGGUAUUUUGGUUGGUGCGGAUAA